AUGACAGGUGACUGUCAGCCAUUUGUGGAUAUGAUGACUGGUGACUGCCCACCAUCUGUGAGUCUGAUGACUUGUGACUGUCCACCAUCUAUGACUAUGAUGACUGUUGACUGUCCACCAUCUGUGGCUCUGAUGACUUGUGACUGUCUACCAUCUGUGACUCUGAUGAUAAGUGACUGUCAGCCAUUUGUGGCUAUGAUGACUUGUGACUGUCUACCAUCUGUGACUCUGAUGAUAAGUGACUGUCCAUCAUCUAUAGCUAUGAUGACAGGUGACUGUCAGCCAUUUAUGGCUAUGAUGACUGGUGACUGUCAGCCAUUUGUGACUAUGAUGACUAGUGACUGUCCACCAUCUAUGGCUAUGAUGACAG